CUCAUCAUCAUCCAGCCACGAGUUCUGCGCUGGCUAGAGUUUCUCACACUCAUAAUCGUUCUUUCAUCCUCACAUUCUACCCUACACGCUCUUGCACGCCAGCAUGACCCUCCCCUCGAUUAACAAGCGCGUCGUCCUCGCCAAGCGCCCCGAGCGCGGGCCCAUUACGCCGGCCACCUUCAAGAAGGACUCGGCUCCCCUCAAGAAGCCCGGAGACGGCGAGGUGGUCGUCAAGGUCGAGCUGCUCUCGAUUGACGCCGCCAUGCGCAUGUGGCUCGUCGACACGCGCUCGUACAUCCCCCCCGUCCAGAUCGGCGAGGUGAUGCGCGCCGCGGGCCUUGGCCGCGUCGUCGAGACCCGCAGCGACCGCUACAAGGUCGGCGACCUUGUGCACGGCCUCCUCGGCUGGCAGGAGUACUGGGUUGGUCCUGCUCGUGUUCUAGAGCCGCGUCCCACCCCCCAGGGCAUGCAGGACAUCGACCACCUCGGCCUCCUGGGCGUGUCGGGCAUGACCGCCUACUUCGGCAUGUUUGACGUCGGGCGCCUCAAGGACGGCGAGACGGUGUGCAUUUCCGGCGCCGCGGGCAGUGUUGGCCUUAUCGCGACCCAGAUUGCCGUCGCGCACAAGCGGUGCAAGGUGAUUGCGAUCGUCGGAUCGCAGGACAAAGUCGACCAGCUCAAGGCGCUGGGGUGCGAGAUCGUGCUCAACUACAAGCAGGAGGGGUUCGCGGGGCGCCUGCGCGCCGCCGGCCGCAUCGACGUCUACUUCGACAAUGUGGGCGGCGAGCUGCUCGACCUCGUGCUCGCGCAGAUUAACCCGUACGCCCGCAUCGUCAUGUGCGGCGCCAUUUCGCAGUACAACACUGCUAAGCCGUACGGCGUGCGACUCACGCCGCAGCUUAUUUCGAUGAAGGCGCGCAUGGAGGGCUUCAUCGCCUUCGACUACGAGAAGCGCUACCCCGAGGCGCGCGCGUACCUCGCCGACCUCGCCAAGAAGGACCAGCUCAAGUACUCGUAUUACGUCGUCGGGGGUGGGCUGGAUGGUUGUGCGCCUGCGCUGCAGGACAUGUUCUCAGGCAAGAACUUUGGCAAGACUGUCGUGUCUUUCCAGGAGGGCGAGCACAGCACCAAGCUCUGAGCGUCGGCGUCGCAGAGGGAAAAACGUCAGCAGCAGAAGCCACACUAGGACGUUGGACACAGGUACAUAGAUACUAUGGACAAUGCAUGGUGUGAACACAC